GAUUGUAUCUGGAACGUCAUCUUGGAAUGAUGGUUAUUCACUAAACCAUCCAUUCAUUUGAUUAGUUUUGUCCAUUACACACAAUGUGCAAAGCAAUGAGCCAGUUGAAGAAGACCGUGGCCCUCAAACCUGGGGUGUGUCCACACAGCACCUAGACAGCUUUCUGAAGCUAAAGGUUCCAGAGCACCAACCAACACCCAGAAUCUCCAGGCUGUGAGGCCCAGGCAUCUGCUGUGUUUUGUUAGAAAAACUGCCCAGGUGACCCCGACACGCAGGUGCUGGGCCUGCCUUGCAGUACGACUGGAAUAAGAUAGCACCCCCCCUGCUAUCUUCAGGGAGCUUGCAGUGGACCAAAGGGCAUGGGACGAUGCUUGAAUUAUUGCAUGUGCAUGGGAGAGUGCUGUAUGUCUCAUAAGAGAGGCAAAAAAUGUGCCAACUAGGGUCUCAGAAGAGGUGGAUGCUUUCCAUUGGACGGAAGUCAUGGAGGCCGACAAACAGCCAAGUCAGUUUCCUCACCCAUGCGAUGGCAAUGGUAUCAGAACCCACCCCAGAGAGUUGCAAAGACAAAGCGAAGGAGUGCCUGCGAGCUUUCCAAACAGGAUCUGGCACAUAGUAAGUGCUCAGUAAAUGUGACCCAUCAUUGGAGUUGGGUCUUAAAGAGUGGUUAGCACUUUCUGCAGGUUAGCAUCUCAGAAGAAGUGUCCUGCGAAGCUUCCGUGUCAAGAUCCAUUCAAAUGGAAAUCGCCAGCUCGUAUGAAAAAUUCAAAAAUCCAGCCGUUAGCUUGAUGAACAGUCGUACUUACUAAGGGGAUCAAGAUUUUCCAAAUCCAAAUCCAUCUGUAUCACCUUGUACAGGAAACAUUUUGUUCCUGACUUUGAUUCGUACUUAAUCCAAUUAAUUGGAACCUCCAUUGUAUUGUCGUGUUGCCUCAUUUAUUGGACAAGCUUUGAAGGACCAGCUGUGGUCCAAGCUCUGUGCUCAGCGCAGUGGGCAAGAAUGCUGUGUCCGAGGGCUGGAGAAGCUUGCAUUCUGGUAGGGAUGUAAGAAGUACACGUAAGAGUCAAAAUAAGUUGAGUCUUCAUUAUGUAGGUACCACCUAGAAAGGGAACUAAAUAUACAUCUGCUUACAACAUCUGGAUCCCAUUUCAGUUGGAAAGUCUGUUUUAAAAGGAAAUAUCCAGAUGUGUCAUGUGACCGUGACCAGUUCAUUCAAAGUAGCUAGAGAGCGUCUGAAUCAUUUUGCUUGUGUUGGUGCUUGUAAGUGAUAGGGUUGAAACCCCUUUUGUGCGGGACUGCGGACGGCCUUAGAAAAGGAAGGCUCUCCAAGGCUAGUGUGAUUUCCAGCGCUAUCUCGAUGGGGCUGACAGAAUCCUAUACCUCUUCAGGCAUCGUGUAUAAAUGCUCAGGAAACAGAGUAAGGCACUGGGUUUUGGCUCUGUUUAAUCGACCCCUGGAUUUUGACCGCCAAAACUCCAUGAGGACUAAUCUGCUUUUUAGAGAAUAUUCCCUUGCGGGUCCGAGGCCAAUUUCUCAAUUCCAAGAAAAAGGCACGGUGAAUUCUUAGCAGGAGCCUUUGUAGCUUGCCCACCGUGGCUGUGGGUGGGCGAGUUUGUUUGAAAAGGGCCCCCUGACCCUGCUCUUAGCGGAGUGGCGGGCUAUGUGGGUUGGAAUGAGAGACGGAAAGUUGAACCCCGGGCUCGGUGGGAGUCUAAUCAGGAGAGAAGUUUCCUGUGGAUCAGGCCCAGACCCAAGAGGUGGAGGAGGCCUCUGUGUUUCCGGCCUGAAAUGAAACGGCACUAUGGGCAGGCCGUGUGUGUUACAGCCGCUUCCCUGGGGUGACUCUCGUGUUCACAGAGCUCUGCUCACCUAGACGCCGUUGUCUGUUUCACACAGAAGCCUGGAGCCGCCUGAAAAAAACGCGUGAUUGUCGCGAAACAAAGCUGAUAAUCUCUAGGUUUCUCCCCCUUUCUGGCUGGGAACACACUUGGAGCUUUUGCUCUGUAUGGUGCCUGUGGCGAGCCUCUCUUCUGAAGGCUUUCAGGACGGGAGGCCCUGGAGACCUGGGAGGCAGAGCUCUUUUUACUCUAUUUUGGGUUUUCCUCCUGCUACAUCAGGGCUUAAUUAGAACCGGCUGCCGAGUAGCCUUCCGGGAGGAAUAAACUUUCUUUGUGAAUACCUGCCCACACCCCAAGGAGAAGUAACAACGCGAAUGAAAUGCAUAUCGAGGAUUGCACUCAUUCUAAUCCUGACAUCGUCAACACGUUCAUUCUUGAAAGCGACUGCAGUGGAGCUGGGAAGUGUCCCGCUUCUUACCGUGGCCCCCUUCGGGAGGCGCAGAGAGGAGGGCGGCCUGCUGCUUUGACAGCAAACCUGCCAGCAGGUUCUGUUUGCUCCCCCACCUGCCCCUCUGCUUUUAGAGAACUAAGGCUCCCCUUCCCCGCGGCUUGUUCCGCUUUUGAUUUUCACCUUGGCGACGCGGCUCACGCUCCCAGCGAGUUUGGUGCACGGCGGGCCAUAGCAGGAUAGGACAGCGUAUCUGGCCUGCGAGUGGGAAGUGGUUUAGGGUUAAGUAAUCUGGGGGCGCAAGUGGGGCAGACCGUUUCUGAGCACCUCUGAUAAAGGAGAAGUGGCCUUUUCACACCUGAACUUAGGUUCCGUCUGAUCGAGUACUUCUUGAUUUCAGCCUCCUGUUUGUCUCUUCAGCCUCAGUGUGUAUGACUGUCAGUGUUGACCUCUCUUGCUGUAGGGGUGCUAAGGAAAGCCCUCUCUGCAGUUCUGACACCGCCCCCUGCCCCUGCCCCAAGGACUCACCUGUUCUGUUGGUCUCAGGGCCACGUGGCUGAGGAUGCUCGCUGUGGUCUGACAGCCUGCCUCAAAGGCCGGUCCCUCGCUCCUCUUCCCUUGCGUGGAAGUGGGUGACAUCAGUUCAGUGGAUGCUGGCUGGUGGCUAUCCUUCCGCAAGCUGUGCCGUGUGAGGGGGAGAGAGACGAACAGGACACUGGGUUGUGACUUACGAGAGGGGCCUCAUCUGUCACAGGCCAUCUGCUGUGAGGUAGUGGCGCGGCACAGAGGACCAGAAUGGGAUGCCCCGAAUCAGCGUUCCUACCCCGCUUUCUUUUUGUCCCCCCACCGGCCACCUCCACAUUUGCCGUCAGCAACAACACGCUGCGAUCUAUAACUACAAUGCCUCUCAAGAUGUGGAGCUCUCCUUGGAGAUCGGAGACACGGUUCACAUCCUGGAGAUGUAUGAGGGUUGGUACAGAGGAUAUACCCUCCAAAAUAAAUCGAAAAAGGGGAUUUUCCCUGAAACGUAUAUCCAUUUGAAGGAGGCAACUGUGGAAGACCGAGGGCAGCACGAGACCGUGAUCCCUGGUGAGCUCCCACUGGUGCAGGAGCUCACGUCGACCCUGCGAGAAUGGGCUGUCAUCUGGCGCAAGCUCUACGUGAACAACAAGGUCACACUUUUCCGCCAGCUGCAGCAGAUGACCUAUAGCCUGAUUGAGUGGCGGUCCCAGAUCCUGUCUGGAACGCUCCCCAAGGAUGAACUGGCAGAGCUCAAGAAGAAGGUCACAGCCAAAAUUGAUCACGGGAACAGAAUGCUGGGAUUAGAUCUGGUGGUGAGAGAUGACAACGGGAACAUCUUGGACCCAGAUGAAACCAGCACCAUUGCCCUCUUCAGGGCCCAUGAAGUGGCCUCAAAAAGGAUCGAGGAAAAGAUCCAAGAAGAAAAGUCGGUUCUUCAGAACCUAGACUUGCGGGGCCAGUCUGUCUUCAGUGCUGUCCAUACCUACGGCCUCUACGUGAACUUCAAGAACUUCGUCUGCAACAUUGGGGAGGACGCCGAGUUGUUCAUGGCCCUCUAUGACCCGGACCAGUCCACCUUCAUCAGUGAGAAUUACCUAAUUCGUUGGGGCAGUAAUGGGAUGCCCAAGGAAAUAGAGAAGCUUAAUAACCUUCAAGCAGUUUUUACUGACCUCAGUAGCACAGACCUCAUCCGGCCCCGCAUCAGCCUCGUGUGCCAGAUUGUCCGGGUGGGCCACAUGGAGCUGAAGGAGGGCAAAAAGCAUACCUGUGGGCUCCGAAGACCUUUUGGAGUAGCAGUGAUGGAUAUUACUGAUAUUAUACAUGGGAAGGUGGAUGAUGAAGAAAAGCAGCAUUUUAUCCCCUUUCAGCAAAUUGCGAUGGAAACCUAUAUCCGGCAGAGGCAGCUAAUCAUGUCGCCCCUGAUAACAUCCCAUGUGAUUGGGGAGAAUGAGCCACUCACUUCAGUCUUGAAUAAAGUGAUAGCAGCGAAGGAAGUGAAUCACAAAGGACAAGGGCUUUGGAUAUCUUUGAAGCUGUUGCCGGGUGACCUCACACAGGUUCAGAAGAAUUUUUCACAUCUGGUGGAUAGAUCAACUGCAAUCGCCCGAAAAAUGGGCUUUCCCGAAAUAAUACUUCCAGGCGAUGUACGGAAUGAUAUUUAUGUCACCCUGAUCCACGGCGAGUUUGACAAAGGGAAAAAGAAGACGCCGAAGAACGUGGAGGUGACCAUGUCUGUGUACGACGAGGAGGGCAAACUCUUAGAGAAAGCCAUUCAUCCUGGUGCUGGAUAUGAAGGCAUUUCAGAGUACAAAUCAGUGGUCUAUUACCAAGUCAAGCAGCCCUCUUGGUAUGAGACCGUCAAGGUAUCCAUUGCUAUAGAAGAGGUUACUCGCUGCCAUUUAAGAUUUACCUUCCGACACAGAUCAUCUCAGGAAUCCAGAGAUAAAUCAGAGCGAGCCUUUGGGGUGGCCUUCGUGAAACUGAUGAACCCGGAUGGCACCACGCUGCAGGAUGGGAGGCACGAUCUGGUGGUUUAUAAGGGUGACAACAAGAAAAUGGAAGAUGCUAAACUCUACCUGACCCUGCCUGGAACCAAGGUAGAGAUGGAAGAAAAAGAGCUCCAAGCAUCCAAAACCCUGGCCAACUUGGCCCCAACCAAGGAUAGCACGAAAGACAGCUUUCAGAUUGCCACCCUCAUUUGCUCCACAAAGCUCACCCAGAACGUUGACCUGUUGGGCUUGUUAAAUUGGCGUUCGAACUCCCAGAACAUUAAACACAACUUGAAGAAGUUAAUGGAGGUGGAUGGCAGUGAGAUUGUUAAGUUUUUGCAAGAUACGCUAGAUGCACUUUUUAACAUAAUGAUGGAAAUGUCGGACAACGAAACCUAUGACUUCCUUGUGUUUGAUGCACUGGUAUUUAUUAUUUCACUGAUUGGAGACAUCAAGUUCCAGCAUUUUAAUCCUGUCCUUGAAACCUACAUUUACAAGCACUUCAGUGCCACUUUGGCAUACGUGAAACUCUCCAAGGUACUGAACUUCUAUGUGGCUAAUGCAGAUGACUCCAGCAAGACAGAAUUGCUUUUUGCUGCUCUGAAAGCCCUAAAGUACUUGUUUAGGUUCAUCAUCCAAUCGAGAGUACUCUACUUGAGAUUUUAUGGCCAAAGCGAAGAUGGAGACGAAUUCAAUAAUUCAAUCCGCCAGUUGUUUUUCGCUUUCAAUACGCUAAUGGACAGGCCUCUGGAGGAAGCUGUCAAGAUCAAGGGAGCAGCUCUGAAGUACCUUCCCAGCAUAAUUAACGACGUCAAACUUGUGUUCGAUCCUGUUGAGCUCAGCAUGCUCUUCUGCAAGUUCAUUCAGAGCAUUCCUGACAACCAGUUAGUUCGCCAGAAACUUAACUGCAUGACCAAGAUAGUGGAGAGCAAUCUUUUUCGGCAGUCGGAGUGCAGAGAUGUCCUGCUGCCACUGCUGAUCGACCAGCUCAGCGGCCAGUUAGAUGACAACUCCAGCAAGCCCGACCAUGAGGCCAGCUCGCAGCUUCUGAGCAACAUCCUGGAAGUGCUGGACAGGAAGGAUGUGGGCCCCACGGCGAUGCACGUCCAGCUGAUCAUGGAACGGCUGCUGAGAAGGAUCAACAGGACCGUGAUCGGGAUGAGCCGCCAGUCUCCGCAGAUCGGGGGUUUUGUGGCCUGUAUGAUUGCGAUUCUGCAGCAAAUGGACGACAGCCACUACAGCCACUAUAUCAGCACUUUCAAAACCAGACAAGACAUCAUUGAUUUCCUCAUGGAAACUUUUAUCAUGUUCAAGGAUCUGAUUGGAAAGAAUGUCUACGCCAAAGACUGGAUGGUCAUGAAUAUGACACAGAGCAGGGUUUUCCUUCGUGCUAUAAAUCAGUUUACUGAGGUUCUCACAAAGUUCUUCAUGGAUCAAACAAGCUUUGAACUUCAGCUCUGGAACAAUUACUUCCAUUUGGCGGUAGCGUUUCUCACCCACGAGUCCCUUCAACUUGAAACCUUCUCUCAAGCCAAGCGCAACAAAAUUGUCAAAAAAUAUGGGGACAUGAGAAAGGAAAUCGGCUUUAGAAUCCGGGACAUGUGGUAUAACCUGGGUCCCCACAAAAUCAAAUUUAUCCCCUCCAUGGUGGGUCCCAUUCUGGAGGUCACACUGACCCCCGAAGUAGAGCUCCGGAAAGCCACCAUCCCCAUUUUCUUUGACAUGAUGCAGUGUGAGUUCAAUUUCAGCGGAAACGGCAAUUUCCAUAUGUUUGAGAAUGAGCUGAUCACAAAGCUGGACCAAGAGGUAGAAGGGGGCAGAGGAGAUGAACAAUACAAGGUCCUUCUGGAAAAACUGCUCCUAGAACAUUGCCGGAAACAUAAAUACCUCUCCAGCUCUGGAGAAGUGUUUGCGCUCCUGGUCAGCAGCCUGUUGGAGAACCUCUUGGACUACAGAACCAUUAUCAUGCAUGACGAGAGCAAGGAGAACCGCAUGAGCUGUACCGUUAACGUGCUGAAUUUUUACAAAGAAAAGAAGAGAGAGGACAUAUACAUAAGGUACUUGUACAAGCUGCGGGAUUUGCACCGAGACUCAGAGAACUACACAGAAGCCGCCUACACGCUUCUCCUACAUGCUGAGCUUCUGCAGUGGUCUGACAAGCCCUGUGUACCCCAUUUGCUUCAGAGGGACAGUUACUAUGUCUAUACCCAGCAAGAGCUCAAAGAAAAGCUGUAUCAAGAGAUCAUUUCAUACUUUGACAAAGGCAAAAUGUGGGAGAAGGCCAUCAAACUGAGCAAAGAGUUGGCUGAGACGUACGAGAGCAAAGUAUUCGACUACGAGGGCCUUGGCAACCUGCUGAAAAAAAGAGCCUCGUUUUAUGAGAACAUCAUUAAGGCAAUGAGGCCUCAGCCUGAGUACUUUGCCGUUGGAUACUACGGACAGGGCUUUCCUUCUUUCCUACGGAACAAAAUCUUUAUCUAUCGGGGGAAGGAGUACGAGAGGCGAGAAGACUUCAGCCUGAGGUUGCUGACGCAGUUCCCCAAUGCCGAGAAGAUGACCAGCACCACGCCCCCGGGAGAGGAAAUCAAGUCGUCCCCAAAACAGUACAUGCAGUGUUUCACCGUAAAGCCAGUGAUGAGCCUGCCUCCCAGCUACAAGGAUAAACCAGUUCCAGAGCAGAUCUUAAACUACUACAGAGCCAAUGAAGUACAACAAUUCCAAUAUUCCCGGCCAUUCCGGAAAGGAGAAAAGGAUCCAGAUAAUGAAUUUGCUACCAUGUGGAUCGAAAGGACCACGUAUACGACUGCGUAUACCUUUCCUGGCAUCCUCAAGUGGUUUGAAGUCAAACAGAUUUCAACGGAGGAAAUCAGUCCCCUGGAGAAUGCCAUAGAAACCAUGGAACUCACCAAUGAGAAGAUCAGCAACUGUGUUCAACAACAUGCCUGGGACCGGGCCCUCUCUGUGCAUCCUCUCUCCAUGCUGCUCAGUGGCAUCGUAGACCCGGCUGUCAUGGGGGGAUACUCCAACUAUGAAAAGGCUUUUUUUACGGAGAAGUACUUGCAGGAGCAUCCAGAAGACCAGGAGAAGAUUGAGCUGCUGAAGCGACUGAUAGCAUUGCAGAUGCCCCUGCUGACGGAGGGGAUCCGCAUCCACGGGGAGAAGCUGACAGAGCAGCUAAAGCCACUGCAUGACCGGUUGUCGUCUUGUUUCCGGGAGCUCAAGGAAAAAGUGGAAAAGCUCUACGGCGUUAUAACACUGCCACCCAACUUGACUGAGCGGAAACAAAGCCGCACGGGAUCCAUUGUACUACCCUACAUCAUGUCGUCUACGCUGCGGAGAUUGUCCAUCACCUCGGUGACUUCCUCUGUGAUUUCCACCUCUUCUAACUCAUCCGAUAAUGCUCCUUCCAGACCGGGAUCUGAUGGGUCAAUCCUGGAGCCACUCUUGGAGCGCAGAGCUUCGUCAGGUGCCAGAGUAGAAGAUCUCCCCCUCAAAGAGGACACGGAGAACCGGAUCAGCAAGUUCAAGAGAAAAGACUGGAGCCUGAGCAAGUCCCAGGUCAUUGCAGAGAAAGCAUCAGAACCUGAUCUGAUGAGCCCAGCCAGAAAAGCACAAAGGCCAAAGAGUCUCCAGUUGUCGGACAAUCGGCUGACGCCAUUUCAUGGUUCUUCACCUUCUCAGUCAACACCCUUGAGCCCGCCUCCACUCACUCCUAAAGCUACCAGGACCCUAAGCUCGCCAUCUUUGCAGACAGAUGGGCUGAUGACUACUGGUGUCCCGCCUCCCCCUCCCCCCAAAAGCAAGCCCUAUGAGAGCGGCCAGAGGAACUCCACAGAGAUUGCUCCCCCACUGCCCAUCAGAAGAGAAGCCAAAGUCCCACCCCCACCACCUCCAAAAACUCGGAAAUCUGGCUUGCUUUCUUCUGAGCCUGGAUCCCAAUAAGGAUCUUGUCCCCUCUCUCUCUCUGGAACUCCUGAACACCUUGAACACCUGAUGCCUGAGAGGUGAAACUGUCCUCACUCCCUGGGGCCCCUUGCCGACCACCUUUCCUGAUCCGGGGUCAGGUUCACCAGCUCCGAACUGGUUGGUCUUCGAAAGGCUUCUCUUUGAUAGAAGCCUAAGGCCACGCCGCCUCUCCUCCAUUCCACGUGGAAUUCUAAAAUUGGCCGUGUCCUGUGUGUCUCUCAAAAGAGAGAUCUCCCUCACCACUAUUAAACUCAGCCUCCAGUGCAGAGCCACUGAGGCCUACAGAAGCCUGGAUAAGUUCUUCUGGGGUGAUGGCGGAGCACCCCAGGAACCUACUCUUUGGAAGGAUUUCUUGCGUCGCUUCUGAGAAACUAUGCUUGAGACUUCGUUUUCUCACGUGGGCACAUCGUGUCCCGAGUGACAUUGGAAGAGACCCACCUCAAGUACUUCAGUAGCCGAAAUAAUCCUAUCUUUCUGAUGUCUGCUGUGUCUCCUUUGAGGAAAAGAAUGUCUUUGUCAUGAAGAUUGGCUACCUUCACGUGUGGAUAGUUAUCAUUGUUGAAAAAACAUGGACUCCACCGUGAGGUCUGAGCUCCUGCAGCACCAACCCCCCGUCCCCGCCACGUGUGGCACGGGAAAGCUGCCCCCACCCCCUCCCAGGAGCCCCUCAUGCUCCCGACUAACGGCCCUCGGCACAAGGCAGUAACUCCUUCCCGCUACAGACUCACUUGAAGCUCUUUCUUUUGCACAGUUUCUUGUCCUGUUAUCUCCUUUGAGCUCAAAUCACGGGACAGAAGGGCCUUAGAAGCCCCAGGUUCAACAGCUUCCCUUCCAGAUCCCAUUUGGACGGCUCAGCAGCCCCUCUCUGCAACCUGAUUUUACCCUGGAGAAUACAGUGCAAUAUCUCCCUUUGAUUAUUUAUUCCUCGUGAUUGUGGAAUUAAUUCGAUUACAUGCCUAUGGUACUAAUGUCAGUGCUCCUUUCCGAAGAAGAAAAUGGGGUGAUUUCGAUGGUCAAAUAUUCCAUACACACACACAUCAACAACCACACAAGGCUAAAGGCGUUUUGAGCUAGAAGGGCCUUCAGGGUCAUACAGACAACCCCCUCGUGUUGUCGAAAAGGAAAUUGAGGCUCAACACAGAAAGUCUGACUACACAUGCUCACUAAUAACCCAGCUUGCUGAUUGAGGCUCUCUCCCCAGAUAGCGCCUGGAUCGAGAAGACGGCCCUGACAAACUCCAUGAUGAUAGCUAUCCCUAGUCGGAACAACAGUGGAAAUGUCCCAGAUAUUUCUAUCCUACUUGGGUGUUGAUGACAAAGUGGAAAACUUGUGGUGGAUCCCCGAGUUCAGCCUAUAGGGAAACUCACCAGACCCCCUUCCACAACCAGGCCCAAUCCCCUUCCCCGCUGCGGUAGAGAGAGGAGAGAGAGAUUUCACCCCCGGGAUUUGCUUGCCUGCCUCUUGGUGGGCCUGUUUCCCACGCCACCCCUUUGAGGAGAGACAUACUAAUUCUUCACAGAGUCAGGAACGGAUAAACCUUCUGCGACGUGGCCAGCAUCACUCAGGCAAACUAGUGUAAGAGUGCAUUUAAAAGAGGCGAGGAAAAGGUCGUGCUUCACCCCUACUCAGGAGAGCCUAUACGGGGGUCAAAUAGAACCUGGGCUUUGGAAGGAAACCAUCUCAUUUCAGACCAUCCCAACUAUGUCGUCCAUUAACUUGGAGACUCCCUCAAAGUGUCUGAAAUCCUCUGAGCCUUCGUUUCUUUUACCUGUCGAAACAGGGAUAAUACCACACAGGUGAGGUUCCCGAGAGGUCGACUCUGUGAUGCAGUAGGUGCGAAAUGGCCCUUUCUUGUCUCUCCUGGCCCCGAGUAAGAUCUGGAAUUCGCCACCAGCGAACAGCACGUAUAUUUUUUCCCCCAACGUAAUUGGGAACGUGAGUGCAAAUUAGCUGUGCACAUACGGCCCCUUUUGCAAAGAUGGCACCUUUUGGAGUAAUUAUUUAUGACCAAAGAAGAAGCGGUAAUAACCGGAAAGGAUAUUAGCGGAAAGAACGCAGGAGAACAAAGAGAAGGAAUGGAAAGGUUAUACUGGGCUUCUGUGGAGCCCAGAGCAGCUUCUGAGACGUUGCCUCGCAGACUGGCUAGCGGGGACCUGUAGGCCUCACUCACCGUAUUUUUCAAGCUGCCUUUAAAAGAA